AUGGUAGCCGACGGUGUCGAUGUUGAAGAUGUCGUUGGCGAAGACACUGAUGUCGAGGAUGGGGUAGUCGAUGAUGUAGAUGUGGAGGUAGCAGGUGUGGUCGUCAGAAAUUCCACGGUGGUUGACGAACAUGUUGAUGUAGAGAAAGUGGUAGUCGAUGAUGUGGAUGUAGAAGAUGUGGCCAUCAGCGACGCUGAUGUAGAGGGUGCAAUAGUCGACGAUGCUGAUGUAGAAGGCGUGGUCGGCGAACAUGAUGAUGUAGAGGACGUGGUAGUCGAUGAUGUGGACGUAGAAGCAGUGGCCGUCAACGAUGCUGAUGUAGACGGUGUGGUAGUCGCCGAUGCUGAUGUAGAAGAUGUGGCCGUCGAGCUUAUUGAUGUGUCAGAUAUGGUCGGCAAUGAUGUUGAUGUGGACGUGGACGAUGUGGUCGUCGAGCAUGUUGAUGUAGUAGAUGCGGCCACCGAAAAUGGCGGAGCAGAGGAUGUGGUAGCCCACGAUGCUGAUGUAGAAGAUGUGCCCAUCCAAAAUAAUGUGGAGGAUGUGGUAGUCGACGAUGUCGAUGUAGAGGUGCUCGGCGAACAUGUUGAUGUAGAGAACGUGGAAGUCAAAGAUGUGGAUGUAGAAGGUGUCGUUGUCAACGUUGUUGGUGUAGAGGAUGUGGUAGUCGACGAUGUCGAUGUAGAGGUGUUCGGCGGACAUGUUGAUGUAGAGAACGUGGAAGUCAAAGAUGUGGAUGUAGAAGGUGUCGUUGUCAACGUUGUUGGUGUAGAGGAUGUGGUAGUCGACGAUGUCGAUGUAGAGGUGCUCGGCGAACAUGUUGAUGCAGCGGGCGCGGAUGUGGUAGGCGAGGAGGUUGGUGUAGACGGUGUGGUCGGCGGACACAUUGAUGCGGAGGAUGUCGUAGUCGAUCAUGUUGUUGUAGAACGCGUGGCCGUCAGCAAUGUUGAUGUAGGGGACGUGCGACUUGGAGAUGUUGAUGUAGAAGAUGAUGCCGUCGGCGAAGACGUUGACGUAGAGGUCAUGGUAGAAGAAGAGGUUGCUGUAGAAGACAUUGUCGCCGAAUAUUUAGAUGUAGAGGAUAUGGUAGACGAUGAUGUUGCCGAAGGUGUGGUCAUCGGCAAUGUUGAAGUGGAUCUGACAGGGACCUACAACUCUGUUCCCAUUGCCCCAGGGCAAAAGACGGACACGAAAUGGAAGCUCGACGAUAUCUUUGCGUCGGCGCUGGUUGUGGGAACCGGUGUCGGAGGCGGCUUCCUAGCAGUUCCCUACACCACGGCAGCAGCAGGAUGCUUGCCAUCCUCCUUGCUGAUGGUUGGGCUCUGGAGUUUCAUCCUUGCGCAGGCAUUCAUCGUCGUGGACGUGAUCAUCAGCGCCUCGAAGAAAGCUGGGCGGCCCGUCAGCUUUGCCACAGUGGCCGGAGAGACUUUCGGGCCAAUGGGUGCUGCUGGCGUCUGCGGCUUGUUCCUCAUGCUGAUGCUGUUGACGCACGUCUCCCAGUUUGCCAAAGGUGGCGAGCUUCUGGCUUCGAUGCUUCAUCUCCCGUACGCGGCUGGAGUUCUCCUGGUUGCAGCGGGGCUCUCCGGUUUCGCCCAGCUGGGACCUGCCAGGGUGGUGACCUGUGCAAACACGAUGUUGACUGUCGGCUUCAUGGCCGCCGUUUCUGCUCUCUUCACCGUCGGAGCUCCGCUAAUGCAGUGGGAUCGGCUGACUCGCUGCGACUGGGGCGCUUGUGCUGAUCAGAUGCCAGCAGUGCUGCAAAUUUUGAUCUUCUUGGAGGUGCUGCCCACUGUCUGCCGCACGGUGAACUUCGAUCGUGCUCGCGCGAGACGCGUCCUGGUGGUUGGAGCACUAAUCCUCCUGAGUCUGAACCUGGGAUGGUCUAUCCUGGGGAUGGGACUAGUCGCCUGGAGUGGUGGCUCAAUGUCAGAUCCAGUUGAGGUCUUGCUACAAACUGGCGGCGCCAUUUCUGGUGUGCUCAAGGUACUCUCGCUGUGUGCGAUCAGCACGACGGUGGUAGGGACGAACCUCAGCCUGCAAUCCUUCUUCAACGAUGCCCCGGGUAGCCGCAACUCCUGGAGGUUGCGAGGCCUCCUGAACCUCUUGGCCAUUGCGGGGCCAGUGCUGCUUGCUGUGUCCUCACCGGACAUCUUCUUUAAAGCGCUGGGCCUGCAAGGUGCCGAUGUCAGUGAUGCAAAGGGCGCAUAG